CCUCAACGUCCGCGACGGCGAGCUGAGCCUCGUGCUCGCCGAAGCAGCACCCAUGGCCUCGCCUUCCCACAGAAGCUCGACGUCCAUGUCGACCACCAACCUUGUUCCACCUGGAUCUGUUCCCCAGCAGCAACGGCGUCUGUCACUUCCGCCUCCUCCGUCCCCGCUCAACCUGCCGGAACCAGUAUACGGAAACAGGAGACCACCUUCGCCCUUGCGAAACGGGUUCGCUAUCGAUCCCCACACCGGCGAGGUCAGCGACGCCUCCUCCGCACAUCAGUCCGAGGAUUCGAACAACGAUCGCCAGUGGGGUCUCCGUUCGACAUCGCCCUCGCCAUCAGUUGGCCAGUUCGCUGCGAAUAUUGCUCAGCGCGUGGGCUCUCUGAUGAGCAACAUGAGUUCACGAUCGCCUGGACUUCCGACUGACGAGGAGCUCGAGGCGGAGGCGGAGAGGGAACGCGAGCGCAGCAGGCGAGAGGCGGAACGCAUCCUUGCUAGGGAAGCAGAAGAGAGGGAGAGACGGACCGUGGAGGAGCGCGUCAUGGCCAUGCUGCAACAAGGCAAUACCGACGAGUCCCUCCGCCCGCCACCUUCGCGAUCGCAGACUAUGCCUGCAACCCCUCCUUCCCCGUCAUCGUCGCAGAAAGAGAGCAAUUGGUGGACCGUGGCCAAACAGAAACUUACCCCGACUAAGGAACCUCUCACGCCGGCUCAGCAGAUCAUCCAAGAAACCAAACAGCGCGACAAAGAGAUCGAGAAAGGGAAGAAGAAACAAGAACGGAAGAAGAGCAAGGAUUGGCCAACUACUCCUGAAAGCAAGUUUGAAGACCCCGCUUUCGCCAAGCUCGGACUCUCUGCGUCUCCUGGUCGAGCUGUAUCUGCAGUGCCGUCUUCCCCCUCUCCCAUGCCUCGUGGUAUUGUCAGUAUUCCCCCAAGCCUCGCCCCUUCCCCCAUGAGAGGCACUGAGUCGGAGGCCGAAGGCGCAUCUCCAUCUCGGGCACCUCAGCCGAUAUAUGCGCAGUUCAACGCCCAGGGUGCGCUCGAUGUUCCUGGUACUCUUCUAACGAUUACCAAGCGUUUCGAGAAGCUCGAAAAGUGGACCGUGAGCCACGUCCGCGCCCUCGAAGAGCGCAUGGAUGAUGUGGAGCGCUGGCUCGUCGAGAAGGAGCGCGAGAAGGAAGAGUCUCACACUGACGGCAACACGGGCAUUGGAGAUAGCGCUUUGAGCGACCUCAGGGAGGAAAUGGCAGAGCUCCAGGGCCGCAUCGGAGAACUAGGCCGCGAGAUGGCGAAGAUGGUCACUGCGCCAGGGAACCUCACCUCUGGUCCCUCGCGUAGUCCCGCGGCGCUUGGCAGAGCCCCGUCCACCAGCUCGUCUAUCGCCAUCCACUCGAUUCCCAGAAACGUCACCAGCCCCCCUCGCGCAACCCCUCCCAGAGCGGCGGGGACGACCAGCCCGAACACUACCACCCCAGUGCCUUCCAACCGUUCCUCCCGCACUCGCCUCCCGUACCCAACAGGUGACUACGCCUCUCCCACCGACUCAGCCAUAUUUUCCCCGACAAAUUCUCCUCCUGCCUCGCUCACCUCCGCGACCCGCUCGCGCCACAUGUCCAUCGCUGGCCUGCCCUCCCAAGAAGGUAGCGGGACGUUCUCAGCCAGCGUAUCUCCCUCCGGGCUCCCUAACGGCAACGGCAAGCGCGUAGAGGACAGCGCGAGCCCCAACAACGCGCUCCCGACCCCCAAUCCGCCUGCCUGGCGGCCAUCCAGCGCGAGCCCCACGCCGCGGAAACGCUACACUGUCGCGCUAGGCCAGCAGAUCAUGCCGCGCGAGCGCAGCGACCGCGAAGAGGCCGCCGCCUCCGCCCACCCUCGCCCCACCACGCCGCAGUCGCGCGACGUCGGCACCGCGUACUUCUCCACGUCGCCCCUGUCCACGUCCUCCGCGCUCGACGACCCCCUUUCGAGCAGCCAGAGCGCGGACGAGUCCGACGGCGGCUUUGGGGACGAGACGAUCGGCAAGUCCUCCGGGCGCCACGUGAGCGGCACGCUCGCCCCGCCCUCACACGCGGCCUCCCCGUCGUCCUCCCCGAACGGCGACGCCAAGGCGCGACGCGCGCGGCCGCAGUCGAUGUACGCCCCGCUGGGCUCGCAGGCGAUCUCCGCCCCGUCCCCCAUCACCCCGCUGAACAUCCGUCUGCGGUCGCGCUCGACGGACCGCUUCGGGCUCGGGCUGUCGGACGCGAGCAACGGGGCGCCCAUCCCGCCCGUGACGCCGACGUCGGGCAAGUUCGUGGACCCGCUGGUCGCGAGGAGGCAGGCGAAGCUGGAGGCGCAGCUGAACGCGGGCCCGCCGCCGCCGAAGGCGCUUGUGGGGAAGAAGAAGGUGCCUGUGGGCGAGCUCGUCGCGUUCUUCGACCAGGAGAAGGCGUGAUGCAUCCCUCGCACGGCGCCGGCCCUGAUCGGACGGCGUGCUCUUGAAAUCGUGGGCUUCAUCCCACAUGGACAAGGUAUGAUGCUAAGACGAAUCGUGAGCGAAGAAUGCUUGAUUGUGCUAUCCUGCGGAGACGACGCGCGCGAAGUCUUGUGGCCGUUUUGGGGGUGAGAUAUACGCUGUUGUUCCUUGUGUAUUUGCUAUGAUCUAGGUCUCUCUGACAUGCUCAAGUUACCCAUUUGCUUCAUUGAAUGUGUUCAUGCAUCUCUCUUGAUCUCGCUGACUGCUUUGAUGUCACGACCCCAGUACGACAUUUAAUGAUUUAUGCUAUUCCAAC